GCUUGAUUUGGCACUCGCACCACAAUUUUCUUUGUGUUGCUUGAUCCCUCUGAUUGCGGGUGAAUGAUUGCUUCAUUGCUGCUCAAAACACACCCGUUGGUUCAGCGCCAAAUGUGCGAAUAAGCUAGCGCCACGGGUGCCACCGCGUACCUACCAUCAAGUUCAGGCACCCGGCACCUCUCUCUCUCUCUCUCUCUCUGUGUCUCAUGCACACAGCGCCAUGUCUAGACCUUUCCUGGCCACCGUCCUUCUCGGCCUGAUCACCGUGCUCGUCAGCAGCACGGCGUCGGCGGACACGCCGGACUGCCCAUACCCGUGCCUGCCGCCGCCAUCCUCUGGAGGAGCCAUCAACAGCUACCCGCCACAGCCAUCGUCAACAGGAGCCGCCGGCGGCUUCGGCGGCAGCUACCCGCCGCCUCCGCCGGGGAGCUACCAGCUGACGCCGCCGGGGGUGAUGCCUGGCUUUUCCCCGCCGUACAGUGGAUUCCCGUCCGGGCCGGCCCCGCCGCCGCCGAACCCGGUCCUGCCGUGGUUCCCGUGGUACUACCAGCACACCAACCCGAUCACGGGGACGUCGGCGUCCUCACCGGCCAUGGAUGGGAGGUCGAGGAUCACGGUUGGCGUGCUGCUCCUUCUGUCCUUACUCGUUCUUUUACUCCCUGUGUUGUAGAGAGUAGCUGUCGGUGGGCGAGUCCAUUCUGGUGCUUUAUUUUGUUGUUUUAAUUUGUACAAGUGCUUGAAUUAUAUACAGAGAAUAACUCAUUCUGUUAGAUAUAGUUAUUUAUUAAUUGUAGUCUUUUUUUUUCUUUUGUGUCUCCUCACAUCCUUGCUUGUAUAUAUAUGGAGCAAACAUAUAUAUUGUUGGCUUGUUCAGACUUCAGAGUA